AAGGAAGAGGAUGAAAAAGUGCAAUAGGUUCUGGAUUCAAAAAAGUGUAUUUUAAGGUAAAUAUAGUACACUAUAUAGUCCAAUGGCCUCUGGAUUUGAAUAAACAUAAGAUUCCAAGCAACAUAGUUUAAAUUUCUGGCACUGCAACUGCAGAGUUGCAUUAACUAAGAAGAGAUCACAAGUGUGUCUAACCUCCUGCCUGUCUUUCCACACAUUCCAACCACCUUAUUUCAAUUCUUCAUGCAUUUACUUCCUUUGUUUUAAACAUCCUUCCCUCCAUCAUAAAACAAAGUUUGGGAAAGGUAGGAGCUUCACACAAAAAUCACUUAAUAUGGUGACCAACUCAGUCACCAGAUUAGUGCAUUUCUUGAGCUUAGUGUUGAUUUUAGGUCCCCAGUUGAUGCAAGCUACUGUAACUUAUGAUAAGAAGGCAAUCAUCAUCAAUGGCCACCGGAGAAUCCUCCUCUCUGGCUCCAUACAUUAUCCAAGAAGCACACCAGAAAUGUGGGAAGAUCUUAUAUGGAAGGCGAAAAAUGGAGGAUUAGAUGUUAUUGAUACCUAUGUCUUUUGGAAUGUUCAUGAACCUUCUCCUGGCAAUUAUGAUUUUAGGGGAAGAUAUGAUAUUGUGAGGUUUAUAAAGACAGUGCAAAAACUCGGGCUCUAUGUUCAUCUUAGGAUUGGACCUUAUGUUUGUGCUGAAUGGAAUUUCGGGGGCUUUCCUGUGUGGUUGAAGUAUGUUCCUGGCAUUAGCUUCCGAACAGAUAAUGGACCAUUCAAGGCUGCAAUGCAAGGAUUCACUCAAAAAAUUGUUCAGAUGAUGAAGAGUGAAAGACUAUUUGAGUCGCAGGGAGGGCCUAUAAUCUUAUCUCAGAUUGAGAAUGAGUACGGUGCAGAAAGAUAUGCACUAGGCGCUGCUGGUGCCUCAUACAUAAAUUGGGCGGCAAAGAUGGCUCUUGGACUUAAUACAGGAGUCCCCUGGGUGAUGUGCAAAGAAGAUGAUGCACCCGAUCCUAUUAUAAAUGCCUGCAACGGAUUCUACUGUGAUGCAUUUUCACCAAACAAACCUUACAAACCAAAAAUGUGGACAGAGGCUUGGAGUGGCUGGUUUACCGAGUUUGGUGGCCCCAUUUACCAACGUCCAGUUCAAGAUCUGGCAUUUGGAGUUACUCGAUUCAUGCUUAAGGGUGGAUCAUAUGUCAAUUACUACAUGUUCCAUGGGGGUACCAACUUUGGUCGCAGUGCUGGUGGUCCUUUUAUCACGACUAGCUAUGACUAUGAUGCUCCAAUUGAUGAAUAUGGUCUGAUCAGGGAACCUAAAUAUAGUCACCUAAAGGAACUUCAUAAGGCUAUCAAACUAUGCGAACAUGCUUUGGUUUCUUCAGACCCAAACGUUAAAUCUAUAGGGAGAUAUCAGCAGGCACAUGUAUUCUCCGCUGGUCAUGGAAAUUGUGCAGCUUUUCUCACAAACAUCGAUAGCAACUCUGCCGCAAGGGUGAUUUUCAAUAACAUGCAUUAUGAUCUGCCUGCUUGGUCUGUCAGCAUCCUUCCUGACUGCAGAAAUGAAGUCUUCAACACUGCUAAGGUCAAAAGCCAAACAUCAUGGAGACAAAUGCUUCCGACAAAUUCCUUCUUGCACUCUUGGCAGACUUAUGGUGAAGACAUAAUGUCUUUGAGUCAAAGUUCCACGUUCACAGUGACUGGGCUUUUGGAACAGCUGAAUGUUACCAGAGAUAACAGUGACUAUCUGUGGUAUAUGACAAGUGUCGACAUCAGAUCAUCAGAAUCAUUUCUCCGCGGAGGACAAAAACCUACUCUCAUUGUGCAGUCAAGAGGCCACGCAGUACAUGUCUUUGUCAACGGGCAGUAUUCAGGUUCUGCUUAUGGUACCCGGGAGAACAUGAGAUUCACAUUUACUGGACCAGUUAACUUGCAUGCAGGACCAAAUAAAAUAGCACUACUUAGUGUGGCUGCUGGAUUACCAAACAUUGGAUUGCACUUUGAGAAUUGGAAUACAGGGAUCUUGGGACCAGUUUCGCUGCAUGGAGUGGACCAGGGAAAGAGAGACUUAUCUUUGCAGAAGUGGACCUAUAUGGUUGGACUCAGAGGAGAGGCAAGGAAUUUGGUCUCUCCGAGCCAAAGCUCAGCUGUGGAGUGGGUUGGCGGGUCACUAUAUAACCGUGGCCAACAGCCAUUGACAUGGUAUAAGGCUUACUUCAAUGCACCGGGAGGAAGUGGACCAUUGGCAUUGGACCUGAGAAGCAUGGGAAAGGGUCAGGCUUGGAUCAAUGGGCAAAGCAUAGGAAGAUACUGGAUGAAAUACGCGAAUGGCAAUUGUGGCACCUGCAAGUAUUCUGGAACUUACCGAGCCCCAAAGUGCCAGCAUGGCUGCGGCCAACCAACUCAAAGAUGGUAUCAUGUACCCAGAUCUUGGUUGAAACCACAAAACAAUCUUCUCGUGCUUCUUGAAGAACUAGGUGGAGAUGCAUCAAAGAUAUCUCUAGUGAGAAGAGUAACCGCAAGUGUUUGUGCUGAUACAUUUGAGCACCACCCAAGUGUUGAGAACUGGCAAAUCGACAAUACUGGCGAACCAAAAAUGCGUCAAGAGGUUAACCUUAAUCUAAGUUGUGAGCCUGGCGAGUCAAUAUCAAGCAUAAAAUUCGCAAGCUUUGGAACUCCAUUAGGAACUUGUGGAAGUUUUAAAAAAGGAGCUUGCCAUUCACCGGAUUCUCAUGCCAUCAUAGAGAAGAUGUGUGUUGGCAGAAAGAGCUGCAAGGUCACUGCAUCUAACAGUUUCUUCCAAGCAGACCCAUGUCCCAAUGUGUUGAAGAGGUUAUCAGUUGAAGCUAUUUGUUCUAGCAAUACUGUGAUUUGAGCUUCUCAACCCAAAACAACAGAAUAAGACUGUGGAUUGUAAUUAUCAAACGCAUACAGCAAAAACAAAGAGCUAUGUGUGAUACAACAGGAAAAGAUUGGUGAUUUCAGUAGUUAGAAAUGGUUUAAGCAUUACAGGAAUUCAUGUUUCUACACAUAAUUAUUCUUUGUGAAGCAGCUAAAGAAAUUGUUUGUCAAGAAGUCGAGGAAUCCCAUUAAUAACCGGGUGACUGUCCUCUAAUAGGCUUUAGUAUCUUGUAAAUCUCAUUACCGCUGCUGUAUGAUAUUCGAAAACAUAACUGUUUCCAAAGAGAUGUACUGUAUAUUUGUAUCUAA